CCCAGAUAUGCAGUCAUGUCGUUCCACGUCUUCCUCCACGAAGGCGUCGAUCUGGCUGUGUAUGAGACGCAUAAAGGCGGCGAGUUCGACCAAACUAACGUCAUAGCGCACCCCGUCGUCACCGCCAUUACCCCCAUCGGCAUAGACCAUAUCGCUACUCUCGGACCGUCCAUCGAAAACAUUGCAUGGCAUAAGGCUGGCGUCUUCGAGGUGGGAGCCGCCGCACUCUCGAUAUGCCGGGAGCCAGCCGUUGCUGAGGUGCUGAACGCCCGAGCUGCCGAAAAGGGAGUAAUGCUGAAAUUUGUCGGAGUCGACCACCAGCUGCCAGGUGACUUUGCUGCCCGGGUUCAGCGGCUCAACCGCUCACUGGCUCGAGAGGUUGCUGAUGCCUUUCUUGCCAGGAUGUCACCGGGGCAGAGACUCUCGCGUGAGGAUAUAGUGGAGGGUAUGAGACAGUUUUCUUGGCCGGGACGGUUCCAAACAAUCCACGAUGGUCGCUGCACCUGGUUUCUGGACGGCGCACAUAACGAGCUGAGCGUUCGCGAGGCGGCAGAAUAUAAACUACAUUGCCUUUUUUUUUCCUCCCUAUGCCAACGGGACGUAGCCGAUACGGCUCCUAGGGGUUCGGCGUUGCCGAGACGAGUUCUUGUCUUUGCCCAAGUGUCGCACGAUCGUGACGUCGACUCAGUCCUGCGGCGUUUAGCUCAGUAUAUGCAACAUAAAGUGCAAGAAGUCAUCUUUACGGUUGGGAAGUAUGACUCAUAUGGUACGGAUAACCGCCUUACGUCAAACUCGUAUGGUCCAGCCGAGUCGUUGAGUGAAGAGAGCACUAUAAUCACCAGGUAUGCGGAAAUCUGGCAGGAGUUAGAACCGCAGGCCCGAGUAUCGAUUUCGGCUACCACCAAGGACGCUGUGGAGCGAGCCAGGAUGUCGGCCGGCUCAGCCAACAACACGCAUGUCUUGGUCACGGGGAGCCUCCGACUGGUCGGUAACGUCUUUCAGAUUCUCGGGGUAGCGGUAGCUAGCUAG